AUGGAUUGUGAUGAGACGUUCGUCGCCGAAGAUAUUCCGGUGUAUGUUACAGCCGUUUCAUUCUUUGGCCUUGGAAAAACGAAUGUUGAUUUUCUCAAAAAGCAGCUCUAUCCUCUAGUCAAAUCCAAGAACAUGCGUGAGCUGCUAGAAAACUCGAGUGACCUCAAAUCGCUGCUGCUGGGCUUGCAAAUUUUUAAGUUUUGCGAAAUUUCGAUUGAUACGGAGAAACAGGUUGCUCGUCCGGAUGCGUAUAAGCCCUUUGAGAGGAACCCCAACAUUAAGCUUAGCUUUGGGGGUUCUGACUGCACUUAUGAUCACUGGUGGUCAAAGAUUCUGCGUAACGAAAGCUCCAUUUUUGCUGAACUUGGUGCUUUCUCUCGAUGGGGCAUUCAAAAGCUUCAUUGGAGCAAUAUCUGGAGAGAAAUUGAGGCCUCCAGUCCGACAACACCGUUCAACUUAAGGCUAGAAAGUGGCGUUAGUUUGAAAACCAAUCUACGUCACAGCUUAGAAGUGGACUCUCGAGAUGAUCGUAUAUUUCCACAGAGUGGUAUCCUGCUCCGUUUGAGUGAAGAGUUGGCUUUUUUGAAUCCCCCACCACCACGAGUUGCUGUGGGACUUGAAACGGCAGCUCCAUCGGACAUGAAGAAAUCGGUGCAGCUGCGUUUGGAGGGCGUUCUGCAAAAGCCUCUUCGUCUAACCGACUGGUUGGUUGCUGAGGCAACUUUUUCUGCAGGAUUGGUACAUUCCCUCAGUGGCCAUCCGGUUUCAGUUGUGGAUCGGUUUUUCCUCGGAGGUCCUAUGGAAUUACGCGGCUACAAAUUUUACAGUGUAGGCCCGGGUGAGCCCCAGUUGCUGCCUCCAGCUCUGAACCACGGCAGUAUGGAAGAGUCUGGCUUGGCCUCGGAAAGCCAUAGUUGUCCCACUGGCGCUUUGGCUUCCUGCUUUGCUGGCCUUCACCUCUACACCCCCCUUCCUUUCAUCAACUCAAGCACGGCCGCCUCUUUCGCGAGACUUCAUGCUUUCACUUUGACAGGCUGUCUCCUAGCCGACCCGAUAAGGGAAUGGCGAUUGGCGUGCGCCUCUGGUGACCAAUAUUUCUCCAUUUGCCAAGCAACUGCUGCGUCAGUGGUGGGUGCUGGGUUGGUUCUUCGGUUUGCCGGUGCUCUUCGUCUCGAAAUCAACUACUGCGUGCCUCUUGCAGGUUCACUCCUAUUCCGCGGCGCCGUGUGCCCUACACACCUGCCCAAGCCUGGUUUUCAGAUGGGAUUUGGGGAAAACUGUCAGAUGUCCUGGGCUUCAAAGGUACUUACACUCGCGCUCCCCUACAUUCACCACCGUGCAUCCAUCACCACAACGCAGUCAAUGCAUGAUCACACAGGUGUUUUCAACAAUGACAUCUCUGUUGUAGGUCGCUUGCCCAAAAGCGAAGGCAGCGAAUCUUCAUCGUCGUCUACCCCGCUUGUCUUUGUAUUUCCACGUCUCUCUUGCUUUGUUUUCAUGAUGGGAGAAAUUUGGAUUACCGCGUGGCAGGAAGUAAAAAGUGUAGGGCUCUCUUUUCGCCUUUACGGCAUUUUCGCUAAUAGCUCCACAGACUCCGUCACACCUAAGCCUGUGGACAGCGUGCGAAUGCUGGUGGUGGACGGGAAGGAGCGCGAAGUUGGCCAAGUAAUCAUCUUGCUGACUGAAUUGCCCUGGCCGCCGGCGCCACCACCAUCUCUUGUGACUUCGCAGCUGCACGUCCGCGAACUCCAACCGACCAAGCACAACCCCAUCCCCUGUGGCCAGCUUUCCUUUUGGAUAUGGGUCCUCGACUACUGGCCAGAGGGCACGAUCCCAAUGGCUGCAUCGGGGUCAACGCACUCUAAACACGGCACACCUCGUGGAUCGCUAUCCUUCAAGGCACAACAGCAUGAUUUCACAAUGACACCUCCUACUGGCGACAGUCACUCUCGUUUGGGGGCCAAGCUCCGCAACAUGAAGAAUCGCGUACAGGGUCGUGGUGACAACGGUAGCUACGUCUCCUCUGCUACGCGCCAAUCUCGAUUGACAGAAGAACAGCAACCACAAGCAGAAGAAGGCUCUGUAAUCAUGGGAGCUUCGAUAAUCUCUUCUCAUCCGGGUCUUGGGCCCAUGGGUUGGGCGACUGGAGCUUCGGAUUUGACCGGAGGUAUCCUAGACGGAGGGGGAGGAGGCAGUGAAUCAAAUCUGCUUUCAAAUGGCGUCGCUGGUAGGGGGAUUGGGGCGGGGACCAAGUCCUACAACCCACUUGCGUCGCAGGAUGAAGAAGACAGCGGUCGAAUGGAGAGAAAACUAGGACGGACGCCCUCGCUGUUUGCAGGAGAGGCUUCAACAACACCAACUCUUAAUGGAAGGACGGGAGAUGGACAGAAUCCUGUAUCAACUCAUGGUGAAGUGGUCGUGGUUGUAUCUGAAUGGGGGUUCGACGAACUCGGCAAUUUCGUCGCUCGUCUCGAAGUCACUGCAGCUGAGAGCAUCUCUUCCUCCCCUCAAGUGAUGCUGCCAAAGAAGAUGCAAAUACCAAAUGCGAGUCGACAGGGUAAAAGUCGUCGCAAAGUGAUGGUGGAGCAUUUGCGCAACAAGAUAUCUCGCAGCAGUGCCAAUAUCAGCGAACUUGGCCACAAGAUACGCUCUCGACGCUCCAGCCCCGAUGGCAGCCGGUGCGAGCAGGAGUGUAAAGGUGAGAAGCGACGUCUUUCCUUCUGCUUUUUGUUUUUCUUUUAA